GAUCGGGAUGCAUUGUAACCUUGACUAUCAUGUUUGAGAUUUGCCUCUACGCUCUCAAACUAAAAUAAUGAUACUUCAAAGGUGAUAGAAAAACACCUAAAUAAUAUCUGAAUGCAGAUCGAUGACCAAUUACAAUCUUGCAAAUGGCUUUUUUGAUAGGAUUUUUUCCAUCAUUUUAACACAUAAAUUAUAAUGAUUUAUACGAACAUAACAACAAUCAAAGACUUCAUGAUACUUGGAUUCCCAGGACUUGAUCCAACGUACUAUGGACCUGUGUCUGCUCUUUUUUUCUUCACUUACUUGGUUAUUAUUGUUGGAAACAUUUUUAUUUUAGUUUUUGUCAGGGCUGAGAGGCGUCUUUAUAAGCCAACAUAUCUGAUCUUCUGUCAUCUGGCAAUGAAUGAUUUGUUAUUUGGGACAGUGACCUUACCAAAAAUGAUAUCCAAAUAUUGGUGGGAUGACAAGAUAAUAUCUUUUGGUGCCUGCUUCACUCAGAUGUAUUUUGUUCAUUCCUUGGGAGCUAUUAAUUCUCUCCUUCUGCUUAUUAUGGCUCUUGAUCGUUUUAUUGCAGUUUGUCUUCCUUUAAAAUAUCCUGUUCUAAUUACAAACAACAUUAUAUCUAUUGCUUGCGGGUUGUCAUGGAUUGGGACAUUUCUUAGGAUGAUGGCAGUUGUAAUUCAUGCCCUAACCUUGCCCUAUUGUAAUUCUAACAUCAUUGUGCAAUGUUAUUGUGACCACAUUUCAAUUACAAGCCUGGCAUGUGGUGGAAAUGUAAAAUAUGUUCAGACUGUUGCUGUCGGUCUUGCAAUGUUUAGUCUCUUGCUUCCACUUUCAUUUAUAAUUUUUUCCUACAUUUCCAUCUUUGUAGUUGUUUUGAGAAUACCAAACAUGCAGGGACGAUACAAAGUCUUAUCAACUUGUACACCACAGUUAUUCAUUUCCUGCCUGUAUUACCUGCCAAGAUGUUUUGUUUAUCUAGCAAAUGCUAUAGGAUUUUCUUUCAGUUUGGACAUCCGCAUAUUAUUGAUAUUGUUGUACAGUCUUCUUCCUUGUGCUGUUAAUCCAAUCAUAUAUUGCUUCAAAACCAAGGAAAUCAAAGAUAUUUUGAUGAAGAGAAUGAAAAAUGCUCAAGUUGGAAUGAAGCAAGUUUCAAAGUAAUGCAUAAAGUGUCAGAAUAUAUAUAUUAAAUUCUUACCAUAUCUUUGUAUAGCAAAUGAAAAAUGUUUGUCCAUCUAAACCACUUCCAUUCUAGAGUAAUAGAGAUUGCAAGCUUGUGCUACAUAUACUCUUUAUGAUGCAAAGACUUCAUUGUUUUAUGAAUGUACACAUUUUGCAGUUCUGCUAAAUAAAUUCAAAUACAGUUGUUUUCAUUUUCUGUCAAUGACCUAAACAUGGUUCUGCACUGUAAGUAAAAAGUAAAUGUGAGAAAUUGACACGACCCAUGUGACAUUCAAAUAAAACAAAAAUGUAAUACCUGUACAAAAGACCACAGCACCUUACUUGUUUUACAUUUACUGUAUGUUUCUUUAAAAUUUUAAUAUAUUUCAAUAAGCCUGAUUAAAAUUUGCAAAUAACAUUUCCAAAGA